AUGAGUGAAAAAAUCAAAGUCGCUGCCGUGCACGCCGAACCCGUGUGGGGUGACCUCCAAGGCUCCGUGAAAAAGGUGGUCGAGCUCAUUUUGGAAGCGGCCAAUAAGGGAACGAAGGUGUUUGGUCUCCCUCAACUUUUCGUGCCGGGAUACCCGUGGACGAUUUGGACCCCAGCGCUCUUUUCGAGUGUCGAGCACCGUAUUGACUACAUGAGAAGCUCCAUGUCCAAGGUUUCCCCUGAGGUGGCCCGCAAUCAGAGCGCCGUGAAGGAUGCGGGCAUGACAAUUGUGUUGGGCUAUAGUGAGAGAGGGGGAACAAUAUUAUAUGAAGCGCAGGUGAGGAAGACUACCGACCAAUGUGGAGCAUUGCCGAUCUUUAUGUCAAGCCUUCAUGAGCUGAAAGGAGAGAUUCUGCAUAAUCGCCGCAAGAUCAAGCCAACUCACGUAGAGAAGAGGCUUUUUGGCGAGAGGCACUCUGAGAUAUACGGGCCUGAUGGAUCGCCAUUGGGCCCACAUGAAGAGGGAAUGCUGUAUGCUGAAAUUGAUCUUGCGAAAAUCGAGAUUGCGAAACAUUUCCUGGACACCGUGGGACAUCAUGCGCGCCCGGACUCGUUGAACCUCAAAGUCAAUACUGCUCCAAUCAAGCAUGUCCGUCAUGUGCAGUAG